AUGACCAUUAAAUACCCCCGCCGUUAUGUUGAGCCCGUGGCCAUCUGCGGCAUGGCCAUGCGUCUUCCCGGUGGCAUCAAGACCGCGGAAGACUACUGGGACGCCUUGUAUAACGGCAAGGACCUGCGGACACCGGUUCCCUUGUCCCGGUACAACAUCAAAGGCUUCGACAGCUCCAUGGGAAUGACGAACACCAUCCAGCAAGACCACGCAUACUUCUUGGAAGACGACCUGGCUGCCUUCGAUGCGGGGCUGUUCAGCAUGACGCGGAACGAGCUGGAGAAGGCUGAUCCGCAGCAGCGUCUGCUUCUGCUCGUCGUUCGCGAGUGUCUUGAGAGCGCGGGUGUGACUGAUUAUAGGGGCAGCCUCACCGGGUUCUUUGUCGGUACAUUCUCCGAGGACUGGCUACAGGCGCAAUCCAAGGAAGAGCAACAUGCUAGCGGCUAUGUGCUCACCGGCCACCUCGACCCAAUGUUGGCAAAUCGGGUGGCCUUUGAAUAUGAUCUCCGGGGUCCUUGUUACGUCAUCAAGACAGCAUGUUCUUCGUCGAUGAUUGCGCUCCACAAUGCAGUCCGGGCGGUGCAGAACCGGGACUGCAAUGCUGCAGUGGUGUCAGGAUCAAACCUCAACAUGGGGCCUAUUACCACUGCGUCCAUGACCCAAGAGGGGAUCAUGUCCCCAGAAGGCUCAUGCAAAACUUUUGACGCACGUGCUGAUGGGUAUGGACGUGGCGAAGCAGUCAAUGCCAUCUACAUCAAACCACUUUCCGAUGCUAUUCGAGACGGCAACCCAAUCAGGGCCGUCAUUCGAAAUACUGGUGUUAAUCAAGAUGGCCAAAGCAGCGGGUUAUUCGCAACCAGUGUGGUAUCGCAGGAGGCUUUGAUAAGAAAAGCAUAUGCAGAUGCAGGGCUCGAUCCGGCCGAGACGGCCAUGGUUGAGUGCCACGGAACUGGUACUCCAGUAGGUGACCCUGUUGAGGCCAUCUCCGUUGGCAACGUCUUUGGCGUGCCAAGCGAUGGCGUCUAUAUCGGGUCUGUUAAGCCGAAUUUGGGGCACUCAGAAGCCUCGGCAGGUAUCUCGAGUUUGAUGAAGGCGGUUCUGGCUUUAGAACAUAAGACUAUCCCUCCAAACAUCAAAUUCAAGGUCCCAAAUCCCCGCAUUCCAUUUGCGGAGAAGAAAAUCACAGUGCCCGUUAAGCCUAUGCCAUGGCCACAGGGAAAAGCACAUCGGAUCAGUGUUAAUUCGUUUGGUAUCGGAGGCACCAACGCACAUUGUAUUGUUGAAUCUGCCGAGCAAUACGUUCAAGAUCUUUCGACAUCUCAGCUAGGUUCCGAGCUGGCUGUUAUCUCUGCUAAUUCCCAAGACUCUUUAAAAGUCAGGAUCGAAAAUCUUAAGCAAUAUGUUUCAACUCACCCCGACUGCUUACCGGAUCUCUGCUAUACUCUUUCCCGGCGUAGGGAGCAUUUUAAAUGGAGAUCAUUUGCGGUCCUUUCGGACCCAAACACGGUAGCAUUCAAACCUCCUACUAAUAAACCUAACAAGACGCCGACAGUUGUUAUGGUAUUCAGUGGACAAGGUGCACAGUGGCCACAGAUGGGCCACGAUUUGCUCACCUCACUCCCGGGAUUUAAAGAGGACGUGUUGACAAUGGAUGAAAUCCUACAGAGCUUGGGUGACCGUCGUCCACAAUGGAAGGCUAUUGAGGAGUUAAGUAAGCCUACCGGCGAGAGCCAAAUGAGUCGUGCAGAGUUGGCCCAGCCCCUGUCUACCGUUGUCCAAAUUGGUCUAGUCAAUGCACUGAAGCGCAUCGGUGUCAUCCCACGGGCCGUGGUGGGACACUCCAGUGGCGAGAUCGCGGCUGCAUAUGUUGCAGGGGCUCUCACCUUGCGUGAAGCCACUACUGCAGCUUACUACCGGGGUCAUGUAUCGAAGGGGUCUUCCACUUCAGGGGCAAUGGCUGCAAUUGGAUUGGGGGCCGAAGACACGCGAAAAUAUCUUCCCGAUCGGGUGGUCGUAGCUUGUGAAAACAGUCCCUCGAGCACCACAAUCUCAGGUGAUGCGGAUAAGCUGCAAGAGGCAUUGGCAAACAUCAAAAAUGCCCUGCCUGACACUUUCGCCCGUGCCCUCAAGGUCGAGAUGGCGUAUCAUUCUCACCACAUGAUUGCUUUAUCAGAUGGGUACAUGUCAUGCUUGGGUGAUGAGUUCACAAACUUUACCCAGUGGCGAGACAACCGACUGCAGAUCCCACUCUUUUCUAGCCUGAGAGCCAGAAAGAUCACAGAUGCCCAUGAACUUGGUCCCCAGUACUGGGUCGAUAAUUUGACAAGCCCUGUGCUCUUCAACUCUGCUGUCAAUUGCAUCUUGCAAGAAGUUCGCAAUCCCUUAUUUCUCGAGAUUGGCCCACACUCUACCCUUCAGGGGCCGAUCCGCGAAAUAUGUGCCGGUCAAAAUGCAAAAUUCGACUAUGUCCCAACUAUGCUGAGAGGUAAAAGCUGCAUGGAGACUUUUCUGUCCGCCGUAGGACAGCUUUACCAGCAAGACGUCGCUGUCGAUUUCGGUGCUCUAUAUCCAUCAGGCAAAGCCCUGACAGACUUACCCGCAUAUCCUUGGUCUCUAAACGAGACAUAUUGGUAUGAGCCAAGACUUUCAAGAGAAUGGCGUCUUCGUCCCUACGGCCAGCAUGAGCUACUUGGUCGCAAGAUUGCCGAAAGCACCUCGAUCAACCCUUCUUGGAGAUUAGUGCUUGUCCCUGAUCAUGUGCCAUGGAUUGCCGAUCACAAGGUUCGCGAAGAUACAGUUGUUCCUUUCGCUGGUUUCGUGAGCAUCGCGGGCGAAGCUAUUCGACAAUUGACCGGAAUUGAGACAGGGUAUGGUGUCAAGAAUGUUCGGGUCACCACAGCGUUGGUACUCGGUGAGGCUGCGCCAAAAGAAAUUGUGACUGCACUCCGGCAACAACCAGAGUCAGACUAUUAUCACUUCAACAUCGCAUCGCAUAAUGGAUCCACCUGGAUUACACAUUGUGAAGGUUUGGUGAAGGCAAUUGUUGAUGGUGCGCCAGAAGCCAAGCAACCUGUCGAGCUGCCUCGGAUAGCGGAUGCAACCAGAUGGUUCGAAACGUUUGCAAAGGUCGGCUUUAACUAUGGCCCCAAAUUUCAGCUCCUCGACAACUUGUCCGCAAGUACGACCACCGAAGCUGCAACAGCUUUGGUACAUACAAGUGAUGAGAUUAUAAAGGGACCAUUCCUCUUCCAUCCAACUGCUAUGGAUGCGUGCUUACAACUUGCCAUCAUCGCCGGUGCGAAGGGCCUACCACGCCACUACACCGAGCUGAAGGUACCCACAGAGAUCGAUGAGCUUGAGGUAUAUCGCGGGGCAUCGCUAAUGCGGGCUGUCGCCCAUCCUUCAGACAUCAGCUCGGCUAUGGAUGUUGAGUGCGUAGCAGAUGGGAAAGCCUUGUUACGCAUCCGCGGUCUUCGCUUCACGCCGUUGCCUGAAGAGAAUGUUGGACUUCCACAUCACACGGACGGAGCAUACCUCCACUGGCGCCCCGACUUUGACUUUCAAGACCAAAGUGCCAUACUGGUCAAGCCCCCAUCCGACAAUUCCGGUACUAGUCUUUUGGAAGAGUUCACCUUAUUGUGUAUACUGGACGCCGUGGAUCGGCUUGGAGGCCGCAAGCCAACUAACGCGUACUUCGAGAAAUAUGGGAAAUGGCUUUCUCGAAAAGCCAAAAUAGUCACUGCUGGAAAUUCGCCAAUUAUCGGAAAUACAGCGAAAUUGGUUUCCCUUUGUCGUAGCGAAAGAUCUACCUUAAUUGCCAACAAAUAUUCCCAACUGAUUAAGAUCCCUUCCAGGGCUCCGUACGCGGUUGCGAUAGCACAAAUCCGAGACAACAUUGAAGGCUUAUAUACUGGGACGGUCGAUCCGGCGCAGCUUCUAAUGGAAAACGACAUCCUACCAAAUGUUUACGGCGUAAUCAACUUUGACUAUGCCGGAUAUGUUAAAUUGAUGUCGAAUUCCCGACCAGCGCUCCGAGUGCUCGAGAUUGGUGCCGGGGCAGGCGGCACUACCGCAAGAAUCUUGUCCCAGGCUGUCCAGGUCGGCGCAUUGCCUCCUUACUCGGUGUACACGUACACUGACAUCUCGCCUGGCUUUUUCCCGCAAGCUCGCGAGCGUUUCAGCAAUGCGCCAAACAUCGAAUAUAAAGUUUUCGACGUUAGCAAAGACCCUCUUGCACAGGGCUUCGAGGCUGACUCAUUCGAUCUCAUUCUGGCACCAUACGUUGUUCAUGCAACUCCUUGCCUUCAACAGACGUUGAAGAACUUGAAUGUGGUACUGAAGCCAGAUGGCCGGCUCCUCCUUUCCGAACCUGCAACCGUGGGAGCGUCGCCUGGCUUUAUCUUUGGGGCUUUCGCAUCAUGGUGGUCUGGUGAGGCUGAUGGCCGUGAAUGGGAACCUUUUGUUUCCAGAAACCGUUGGGAUGAAGAAUUGCAGCAUGCUGGGUUCUCUGGCGCAGAUAAUGUUGUGUACGACGCACCACUACCGUACCGAUACUGGUCUACCAUUAUUGCACAGCCCAAAGUGUCUAUCUCAAGUGAGAAUAAGUCUCGUGUCGUGUUAGUAACCGAAGACAUUAACAGCAAACUUUCUAUCAAUUUGUCCCAAGAAUUGGCGAAAUCCGGCUUGGACAUUAUCAACAAGAGUCUGGCCGAGGACGUUGCCGACGAGCACGACGUUAUUUUCGCGCUGGAUCUAGAGAGACCGUUUUUCGAAGAUAUUUCUUCGCAGAGAUGGGCGACGUUCAAGAGCCUAAUUCAGAGAUGCGAAGCGAUUCCCUCGAGAAAGUUACUAUGGCUACUCCCACCCACACAAAAGGGUUGCCAAAUUCCCCAAAGCGGUCUCUCAAUUGGGCUUUUGCGAUCAAUUCGCUCGGAGCUAUCUCUAUCAUUGACAACUUUAGAGGUCGAUUCGGCAGAUGUGGAUUUGGCGAGCCAUGUUGGGAAUGUCUUCAAGAAGGCUCUAGGGGAGCAGUUGACUCAGCAGCUGCUUCCAGAUAGAGAGUUCUUAGUUGAAAAUGGCACAAUCAACGUGGGCCGCUACAUUCCAUUUUCAAUCUCUUCCGAGCUCGCACGCAGUGUUCGAAAAGCUACCUCAAAUGGCAUCGCCCCCCCGGUCAUUGGUGACGCAUUGCGAUUUGACCCGCAAGCUUCGUAUAUCGUGACUGGUGGUCUCGGCGGCCUUGGGCGAGCUACUUGCUCUUGGAUGGCUGAACGGGGUGCUCGAUUCAUCACCGCAGUCUCAAGGUCUGCUGGCCAUUCUGCAGAGGAUAAGUCAUUCAUUGCCGAGAUGAAGAGUAUGGGAUGCGUUCUCACCCCCAUUGCUGGAGCUAUCCAAAAUUUCGCAGUGGCCAAAUCUGCUGUGACACAAUCGCCUAGGCCGGUGAGGGGGGUCAUCCACUUGGCCAUGGUGCUUCGGGAUGCACUCUUUCCCGAUAUGACGCACGAAGAGUGGAAGGAGGGUAUCUCACCAAAGGUCGAUGGUGCCUGGAACCUUCACAAUGCACUACAAGGUGUAUCGUUGGACUUCUUCCUUGUCACAAGUUCCAUCGUCUCAACCAUCAACGUCCCCGGUCAGGCUAACUAUAACGCUGCCAACACAUUCCUAGAAGCCUUUUGUCAAUACCGAAACGGCUUGGGACUUGCUGCAUCCGCGAUCGCUGUUAGUCCCAUUGACGACAUUGGUGUGGUGGUUGGUAAUGAUAAAGCUCGUCGCAACCUGCGCUCAAACGGCUUACAGUUUCUCACUGAGCGCGAAGUUCUCGAGUAUAUCCACUUGGGUAUCCUGCAUCGCGGGCCAACGCCAAUCAUUAUGGGCCUUCACUCAGAUAAACAUCUAGAUGACGCUGCAAACCAUGUGGCUUGGAAGAAAGACCGCCGCAUGGGUCUUUACCACAACAUUCCCAAAGAGGAAAACGCGGGAGAUGAUUCGAACGAAGGCAAUGGUCUCCGGGAUUUCAUCGCCAACGUUACGACAACGCCAAGCGAGCUCGACAAUCCUGAAAGCAUCGCAUUUCUGGCUUUGGAGAUUGGCAAGCGGGUUUACUCAUUCAUGCUUAAGCCCAUCGAAGAGGUCGAUAUCUCACUAAGUCUGGUGGAAGUCGGACUUGACUCGCUCAUGGCUGUUGAGAUGCGACGACUGUGGAAUCAAAUGUUUGGCUUAACUAUCAGCGUUCUCGAGAUUAUGUCGCUGGGCGCGUUGGAAAACUUUGGUAAACUCGCGGCUCAGGGAUUGAAGCAACGACUAUUGGUAGAAGCUUAA